AUGAACAAUGGCUUUGUUGCAUACACAGACACACACGUACACAUACACACUUUCUCACACAUAGCCAUACACUGUACCCAAAAACACAUAUGUACCAGUGCUGUGGGAUAAUGCUUUUGUACACUGAUUUAAUAAAAUGUUGAUUGGCCAGUAGCCAGGCAGGAAGUAUAGGUGGGAUAAGCAGAUAAGGAGAAUUCUAGGAAGAGAAAGACUGAGUCAGGAGACACCAGGCCUCUCUCCAGGGAGCAGCAUGUAAUGGGACACAGGAAAAUCCAUGGAAAAUGUGGCGACAUAUAGAUGAACAGAAAUGGACUGAGUUUAAGUGUAAGAGAUACUCAGUAGAGAGCCUGAGCUAAUGGCUGAGCAGUUUUAAUUAAUAUAAGUCUCUGUGUGUUUACUUGGGUCUGAGCGGCUGCGGACUGGGUAGGACACAGGAAAACUUCAGCUACAUAGGAGCCCUGAGAGUACAGGUGCAUGUUCCGGUGAACCCUGAGAGUACAGGUGCGUGUCACAGUGACCCCUGAGAGUACAGAUGCACACAUGUUACAGUGACCCCUGAGAGUACAGGUGCGUGUUACAGUGACCCCUGAGAGUACAGGUGCGUGUUACAGUGACCCCUGAGAGUACAGGUGCAUGUUACGGUGACCCCUGAGAGUACAGGUGCACACGUGUUACAGUGACCCCUGAGAGUACAGGUGCGUGUUACGGCGUCCGGCUUGACGUGGCUUCUGAGGAUCUGAACUCUAGUCAUCACCUGUGCAGAGCGAGCACUUUACCUCUGAGCCAUCUCUCCAGCCCGUGGAGGUCCCUGAGACACCAGGCUCCUUGAAGUGGUCUUGGGGCUUCUAAGUGGCCACAAGAGAGCCACAGGAAGGAAUCCAGAUCCUACAUAGAACUCCUGCUACAACACUGUGUUUACAAAUUUCUAUAUAACGCUAAGAUUUUCUUGUGUGUGCAGGUUCCUCAUCUGUCCAAGCUUAUCUAACUAACGCAGCUCUUGUAGAGUGACUCAACAUCAACAUGAGGUACAGCUGGCGGCUCAGCCGUGGCCGUCACCGAUACUUCUGAGCCCCUAGUCCUCACUCAAGUUCAGCACAAAGGGAAUGUGGCUUUGUGUUGUGUUGGGUACACUGAUUUGCCACAGAGGAGGUUUUGUGACUCCACCUUGAACGUGACUCCCUGUUACCACACUCCUCAAGUCUGGGCCAGAGUUUAAGAACUGAUGUGCUCAUUAAGCUCAGUUAUAAGUCAUUUGCUGUGCUAUGAAUCAAGCCCUGUGCAGAGGAGGUACCACAGGUCAGAGGCAGACCUGAAUCAGAACACAUUCCCUGAUCUCCAUUAGCCACUGCUCAGCAGAGGUCUCUCUCUCUCUCUCUCUCUCUCUCUCUCUCUCUCUCUCUCUCUCUCUCUCUCUCUGAAAAUGAGGAUGUAGCCCUCAGUUUUGUCUCCACAAACUUGUCUCCCAUGCCAGCCACCAUGCUCUCUGCCGUGAUAAUAAUGGACUAAGCCUCUGAAACUGUAAACAAGCCUCCAAUGAAAAGCUUUCUCUAAUAUGAGUUGUGGUCAUGGUGUCUCUUCACAGCAGUAGAGUACUGACUAAGACACCAAGCAGAGACUAUGGCAUUGGAGUCCCCAAGUGAAUACACAAAGCAGAUUAUUUGCUCUUGUUGAGCUGAUAUUGAGUUGAGCAUAAAGAAACAAAGGACACAGACAAAAUUCAGACAGACACCCUGAAGAUGUAUAUGUGAGAGGCAAGAACUGGAGAAAGUGAUACAAUGAGAAAAUUUCUGCAUUAUCUGUUAAUAGGGAUUGGAAAUCAGUGGAAUACAUAUGAUUGCCCAGAGGAGAGCCCCAGGCCAAUGAAGAGCAAGUACCAGUGUCCCCUGUAAAUGUCACCACAGCCUCUAGAUACUGACAUAUAUCAGAGAGGUACAGAUGCCUCUAAGGUUAGGUGCAUCACUGGGCUCUAAGAAACAUUCUCUUGCCUUCUUCCCCAACAUGAGAGGGAAAUGGACCUCCAGCAUUAGGAACUGGAUUAUCAGAAAGGAGAGACCUGAGGUUAUUCUUCAUUCUCCCUCCCAACACCUAACACCCACCCAAAACAUUGACAACAGGCCCAUGUCUAGAUACGGGGCCAGGAGACAUACAAACACAGAGUCAUCAGGUAGAGUGGCUGAUGUCCAUACUUUCAGCACUCAAGGAAUGGAGCAUUUCUGUGAGUUCAAGUUCAGCUUGAAACAGUGCAUUCCAGCACAUCCUGGGUUGCAAUGUGAGAAACUGUCUCAAAUAAACAAGGUCUGACACAUAUCUCAGUUGGUAGAGUGCUUGUCUAGCAUGUAUGAAGCCCUGGGUUCAAUCCUGAGCACAGCAUAAAUGGCAUGUGGUAGAUCACACGUAUAAAAACGUAGAUUCAGGAAGUAGAAGCAGGAGGAUCAAUUCUAGGUCAUCCUUAGUUGUAUAGAGCCAGAUUGAGCUAGAGAUCUGCCACAAACAAACAAACAGAAUAAGAUGGAAGAGGAGAGAGAGCUGUGACCUACAGGUUUGUGCCUUUGUGGGGACUCAGCAUCAACAUAAAUGCUGAUUAAGGUGUCAGGAUCACAGUUUUUGCUGGACCCGCUGUGUGAACCCAGAAAUAGUGCCAGAGACCCCAUGGACUAAGAGCACUCUAUGGAAGGGUAAGCUGAAUUUUGGAAGGAGAUGGUUCCUCUGCUCACAGGGAAGGAGCAAGAGAAGACUGACAGCCCUCACGUCCACUCAGGAAGUGGUGUGUCACAGAGGGUGGAACAGCCUGAACAAAAAAAGGAAAUACUUUCCAGGGCUCUGCCAGGAGUGGGAAGGUUGUGAAGCCCUUAGCUGAAGGCUAGGGGACAGGUAGCACCCACAAUCCAUGGUCGUGGAUGUGUCCCCUCACUGGGAGUGAUGGGAACCAGUGCCCCUGAGGUCUGGAGCAUCUUCAGAGCACUUCCUGUACCAGUUCAUCUGGAGCCACCCAGAGGACCAGGAAGCAGAGGACAGAAAAGAGAACUCGGCAUGUGAACACUGAACUUUCUAGAAGGACACGGCCCCUCCUCCUCUUGGGCUUGGUGUGGGCAGGAGACACCAGAGCUGAAGAAAUGACCCCAAGAGUGAUGGGAGUGUGGCUGCCUUCAGCUCUGCUCCUCUUGCAGGUCCCACACUGUGUCCCUCUGCGUGGCCCCAGCAAGGUGACAGGCACUGUGGGGGAGUCCCUGAGUGUGCGGUGUCAGUACGAGGAGGAACACAAGACUAACGACAAAUACUGGUGCAGAGUGUCACUGCUACCACCAUGUAAAGAGAUUGUCAAGACCAGAGCCUCAAAAGAAGCUGGGAAUGGCCGAGUGUCCAUCAGGGACCAUCCAGCCACCCUCACCUUCACAGUGACCUUGGAGAACCUCACCCUGGAGGAUGUAGGCACCUACAAGUGUGGGGUGGACAUGCCACUUAUUGAUGACUCCUUAGAGAUCCAUCCCUCCUUGGGGAUCGAUGAGUCCUUCAAGGUUAUGGUGUCCGUGGUCCCAGGCUCUAGCCCCGAGAACAGAGCAAAUACUCUGGGGUCCCCCACAUCCUCACCAGUGCACACUCAGUCCAGCGUGACCACAGAGGAUACAACUCCUGGUCCCAGCCUACAACCCCGGGGAGUGUCUUGUGAACAACAGCUGCUCAUCUACAGAUUGGGACACAGCAAUGACACCCAGACCCAGACCUGCUGAGAUGGAGUUAGUUUCCUGUCAAGAGGUUACUACACAAACACACCCAGAGUCUGAAGAGAUGGUUUAUGCUGGUAAAGGAUCUGAGUUUGAGCCUCAGCACCCACAUGUGAGGCAUGGUGGCAUACACUUGAAAUACCUGAGCUGUGGAGGUGGAGACAGGAGGAUCCCUGAGACUCACGGGCCAGCCAGCCUAGACUACUUGGCAAGCUCCAGGCCAACGUGAGAUCCUGUCAGAUAACAAGAUAGAUGGAUCAGGUGUGGUGACUCAUGCCUUUAAUCCAGCACUUGGGAGGCAAAGGCAGGCCAGUAUCUGUGAGUUUAAGACCAGCCUGGAAUACACAGCAAAUUCCAUUCUAGCCAGACCUGCUAAGUGGGACCUCUCUCAAAACAAACAUAGCAAGGUGAUGAUUCUUGAGGAAUGGCAUCCAAGGUUAUCAUCUGGGCUGCACAUUCAUGCACACACAUGUGCACCUGGAUACACACACUUGAACACACACACACACUUGAACACACACACACACACACACACACACACACACACACACACACACACACACCAGUAAAUUAAUUAAUUAACUAAUGAAAAUAAAUACAGUCACUGGUUUGUGGUGGCACAAGCCUUUAACACCAGUACAUGGAAGAUAGAGGUAGGUGGAUCUCUGCUAGUUCAAGGCCACCUGGUCUACAUAGUGAGUUCCAGGACAGCCUGGCCUACAUAAAAGAGAGACUCUUC